CCAAUAACAGAGCAAAUCAGAGGAAUCCUUCCAGAAAUCUCUCUCUCUAGCAGCUUCCGCCCUCCGUAUUAUAAAUCCGCGAUUUCACGUCUUUUAAGCGAUAAAAAAAAAAUUAGCUAGUUCAGUACCUUUGUUCUACACAAGCAAAGUUGAAAAUUUUCUGUUUACCAACAGGCUGCAAUGGCGUCUUCUCUAGCUCUCAAGAGGCUCGUCUGUUCAAACAUCUUGCCCAGCUCCAUGCGCGUGUUACGUCCCACGACUGUCGCCCCAUACACCUCUAGACUCUUCAACACCAACGCUAUCCGUGAAUUCAACGACGAUGGUGACGAGCGUGACCUGGAUGAUGAAAGCCGCACCGUUCGUUCACUCUCUCGCCGUGGCGAUGGUUUCUUCCCAGAUGUGUUCGAUCCUUUUUCACCAACGAGGAGCCUAAGCCAAGUCCUGAACAUGAUGGACCAAUUCAUGGAUAACCCAUUACUCUCUGCUUCCCGCGGCAUGGGAGGUGGGAUCCGCCGAAACUGGGACGCUAAGGAAACAGAGGACUCUUUGAACCUUCGGAUUGACAUGCCAGGGCUUGGAAAAGAGGAUGUCAAGAUCUCUGUGGAGCAAAACACUCUGAUUAUCAUGGGAGAGGGUGCCAAAGAAUCUGAAGAUGAGGUCAAUGCCGGGAGAUACACAAGCAGAAUCCAUUUGCCUGAGAAGAUUUACAAGACUGAUCAGAUUAAGGCUGAUAUGAAGAAUGGUGUACUCAAAGUGGUUGUGCCAAAGAUCAAAGAGGAGGAGAGAAAUGAUGUGAUUCAGGUCCGAAUUGACUGAGCAGAUUAGGCCGAGUGGGGUUUUCUCUUUUGGGGUCUGGGCUUUAAUAGGUAAGUGGUAGGGCCUUGGUAGUGGUUGAAUUGAAUUUUAUAGUCAUUGUGAGUGGUUUGGACGUGGGACGUGUAUGAAACAGUGUUAACAUUGAGUCUUAUCUGUUAGUGAAAAAGGAACGGUUAAUGUUUGAAAUUAUUUUUGAAUA